AACUGGCCCGGAGGAGCGGACUAACUAACAGACUAAAGGAAUCCCAAAACUUUCCCCAACACUAAGUACCGAGGUCUGUUUCAGCUCGGCUUCGGUAUGUGACCACAGGUGAAUGAAACGGCUUCGUCGCCUUCCUGCGUGGACUCUCGGUGAUGAAGUGAAUGUUACUCACCGCUUGGAAGAAGGAAAAGUUGAAAAGUUGUGGAGGAGUGAUGCCCGAGAGACUCCAUCCCUCCCUCCCUCCAAACUUCAGCUAAGGGGGCUAACGCUAGCUAAGAGCCUGCUGUAUGAUGAUAAAGUUUGAGUUAACUUUUAUUCAUCUGUUAAAGUGAGAAAUAACACACCAGGGGAUCUCUUAUAACACGGACAGGCUGCAGCUCUCAUCCUCGUCUUGUUGUCGUUACCAGGCCAGGUUACUGGAUCAAGCUAAUCAUCUUAGCCUGGUGGAGCUAGCUGACAGACUAGCCUCAGUGAAGUGACCCAGAGUCAACUCUAGUCCCAGCGAGGAGGGACAUGGCAUACAAGUCUAAACUGGGGAGCACUUGACACUAUAAUGGAGGGACUGCUGUGUCUUUAACGUCUGGGAAGUGGACUCUGCUCUUCAUGGACCAGCUGAACUGUGUCAGGACCAGAGGGAUGCUACCUGAGGUGAAGACAUGAGGAAGUGAUAUCACAGCUGCACACAUUAUCAUCACCUUAGAACUCACACUAGUAAUGGUAACAGAUAGUGAGUCAGACUGUGGACCACUCUGAUCAGCUCUGUGACUCAUGAAGAACUUUACUUUCUGAGUGAUAGACACUUUUAAGUCACUCACUAUCACCCUUGGAGUCUUCCUGUAUUAUUCAGUCCACAGGUCAGAACCCGCAUCCAGAGGGCCUGCAUCUUGGAUGAAGAAGACACUGCCAUAAUGAAGGUUACUGUCACAUUCGGGCAGACAGGUGUGGUGGUGCCCUGCAGGGAGGGCUGGACUGUGAGGGACCUCAUCCAGCAAGCUACACUGAGAUACAGAAAACUCCUGGAGCAGGAAGGAGACUUCCUGGUGCGGACUCACCAUGUGGAAUACUGUGACGGGGGGAUUCUGGACCCUGAUGAUAUACUAAGUGACCUGGUGGAAGACAAGGACAAGGUCACAGCUUGAAAAGUUGAAGACCCCACGGCCUGGAGUAUCUAUAUAUUUCCCCGUCCUCAGCUCGUACUGUAUGCCUUAAAGGCUCCAUAAAUACUGCACGAUUUGUGGGAGAUUCUCUGAACUAAUUAAGAGCCAAGUUGCAUUAGUUAGCAAUUUCUCUGCAGGGUUUGAGCACCUUUGGAAAAAAUGGAAAUGACUGUGUGACAUUUGAAUCUCUCUCAUGGAGAUUCAAGCCUCUGUGCAUGCUAAAUUCUGUUUUUGUUGAUUUCAAUGAUCAUGAAAAGAUACCUGAGAUAACUUCAUUAUAGUGUUGCACUCCAUUUGCCCCAAUAUUAUUUGUCAUAAAACCAGUGAACCUCUUUUGUAGUGCGCAGUCACCCUUCCUUUAAACCCUAAAAGACAGCAUUCACAUGGACGAGUGACACCAUGAGGGGAACAUAAAUGAAUUUUCUGAUGCUUUGGCAGGAUGGAAAAUUGUCCGCUUGUCAUUGUCCAGAUAAGCCCUCUUUUUUGUGCCCAGUUUCAGGAAGCUCCCAUAAGAUUUGGUUGUGAAUUGUUAUUUUUUUGGAAUGUCAGAGAGUUAAAAUAAAAUAAAUCUGGAUGGCAUGUCUUUGCACAGUUUGAGUUUUAUUGUGUUGUUUUAAUGGUUUUUAUGGUUUAAUGGUUUUUGUCAACUUUUGCUGUGUUUAAA